UCCGUCUCCAUCUUUGUUGAAUCGAUCUCGUAGAGAUACGUCUCGGUUCUCCCCUCAUUGAGACGCGCAGAUGCGAACGGGAGCCAGUACAGAUGCGUAGUUGAGGAUGUGUAGUCGCUAGGCAACGCAGCAUCCUGAACGAGACUGGAAGGUGGAUUGUGAUUUUGCUUCUCCCAAUGUUCGACAGUGCUGCCUUUUUUGGGUCAUCACUUUCAUUUGUGUACGAUUGGAUUUGGAAUAGUGGUUGUGAUACCAGUGAUAUGAUGGUGCCUGCUAGAAGCUCAUAGUGAAUUUCACUCCAAAUAUCGGUCUAUUUUACUUGUAGAAGAAAUUUACGUCGUUAGCUAGAAAUGGCAGCCUGGUUCUACGAGUUAUGUGAAGUAUGGGGCAUCGAUUCUUCUGGACACAACGCGGGAAGAGGACAGGGAUGAGUUCUAACAGAUCGGAACAGCGGAAAUUUAGCAAUGUUUCCACAACAAAAAGAUCUCGACGGAGGAGAAUCUAUGUCGCAUACCCCACAGUACUGUCUUCGUCUUCCCCUUGUGUCAUACCUCAGCUCUACCAUAAUCGUCCUAGGAUAUCACUCAAUGCCCUCAGGUGUCCGCUUUUCAAAAUGCAAAAGAGAAAGAAAAAAUUUCGUGGUGUUAUUGGAAGAAAAUCUGUAAGGUUUUUGAAGACGAGGAAUGAUGGCACUUUAAUGAAAAACGAAGAGUGUGUUGCUUAAUAUGUGCAUUAUCUGUAACGCGUCUAAACAUCGGUGUUCAGAUGAAUGACUAAAAUAAUACCUAAUUGCUGCUACAAGAUGAAAUGACAAAACUCGUUCUAACCCUUCAAUCUUUUGUCGUGUUGACUGUGAUUAUUUCCCAACCUUGUUAAAGUGUAAGCCCUACUUAUUUUUGUCUUUUGCGUGUGUUUUGUGGUCUGAAACAUAUUCUCGGCAAAAGCCCUAAAAUCUGUUUAGCCUUUGUAAUGACUUUUUUCGUUUGUGUUUCGUCUUAGACGUACAAUAAUUCAGUUGUAUCGUUUAUUUGUUAUGUGGUGUGUAUAUUGUCCAUUUUGACGACUCGAACUUUACAAGAACGAGACAUUUAAACCGAAAAAGCAGUACCUUGAAUAUAAUGAACGAACUGCUCUAAAUAAACCCCGUCCCAUCAUGUCACUAUUUCGAUUUGGUACUGUGAGAAGCCCUCCCCGGCGGCCAACGGUACAAGGGUCGGAGCAGAGUCCGUUUUGCACAAGUCCUAGUCAGUUGCAGGAUGUUACCUUGGAUCCAAAUAUGAGUGCAAAUGCAACCAUUCCAUUUACAAUGGGCCUACGGUCUCCAGGAAAGACCUCUCCCAUCCGAGGUCGCACUAUGAAAGAGUACGAAGAACAGUUGUCCCAGCUAAGGAAAGAGAAUUUCAAUCUGAAGCUGCGAAUAUAUUUCUUAGAAGAAAGAAUGGGUCGCAUGAAUGGUCCUGAUGACAAAGAGGAUGCUGUGAAAAAGAAUAUUGAAUUGAAGGUGGAAGCGGAGUCUCUGAGGAAAGAGGUAUCAGAUAAACAGGGUCUGCUAUGUCAGGCCUCCAAAGCUAUGGACCUCAUGGAGGAACAACAUCAGAAGGAGUUAAAGAAUAUCGGGCAGGAAAAGGACUUAGAAAAAGGGAUAUUGGAGUCGCGAAUACAAGAGCUGGAGACUGCUCUGAAAGAACAUGAGAACAAACUUAAAGACCCACAUUAUUAUAAACUCGAAGACUCUGCAUCAUUUAUAACUGAUGCAUUUGGACUUCGUACGACAAAUACUUGUAUAGAUCACCACACUCGUGAAGAAGUAAAAACAUUACAGCAGCAUAUUGAAGAAUUAGAAGCACAAGUUCAACAACUGGAAUGCACCUUGCAAGAAGAAGAAAUUCGUUCAAAUCAGUUAGAGGCUGAUCUGCAGGAAGCGCAGCAGGAAGUUGAGCGCGUUGGUGUACGUUGUCAAGGGCUUGAAUUUGAACUGAAACAGCGUGACAAUAAAUUAGAAGACUUGGUGCAGGAAUUGGAGCACAGAGGACAGGAUCUGGCAGGUUGUAAUCUGCGAAUAAGGACACUGGAAGAAGCGCUAAGUGCCAAAGAGCCUGAAAUUCAGAUCAAGGUGCAAGAAUUGUGUGAACGAGAUCGUAUUAUUGAAGAAAAACAGAGUCAGAUUGAACAGCAAAACAAAGUUCUUGUGGAAAUUCAGAUCACACUAGAUGAAAAACAGCGGCAGAUUGAAGCUUUGAGAUCGUCGCUUGUAGCCCGCGAUUCGUCUAUCGCAGACUUGGAAGGCCGGCUUGCCAAGGCAAAGACUAAUGCUCGUAAUCUAGAGGCAAAACUGGAUGCUUCAGUUCAUGAAGCAAAUCGACUUCGAGAAGAGCUUGAAACUUUCAAAGCUCAGCAGAAGCGCGCUAACAAUCGCAGUCGAGAACAUUUGCAACAAGGACUUGAUUUACUUUCACCUCUUAGGCGUAGAAGCAGCAACCUCUCUAGUGCAUCAGAUGGAAAAACGUCUCCCAGAAGAUGGGGUCAUCGAAGUUCUGAAGAGGAUGGAACCGUUAGGAACCGAUUGUUGGAAUUAAGAGAGAGGGAGGAAAAGUUGAUUGUUGAAGAGAGCCAGCAGGUAUUGAGAAAACAACAUGAAAGAGUUCGACAGGAAGCUAAUUCUUUGAAAGAGAAAGUGAAGGAGUUAGAGUCUUGUUGGCAGAAUGCUGAGUGCAAACUUCAGGAGACUGAAAAGAAAAUGAAAGAUGUAGAAGGUAAAUUGAAAAAGGUUGAGGAAGAUUAUCUUAAAGCUUGCCAGGCAAUUAAAAGUUUCAUGAAGCGGACAAAGGAUAUGGGCCGAGAAAUUGAACAGCUCAGAAGUGAUGUAAAGAAGAAAGAUUCACGUAUUUGUGACCUGGUGUCAGAGGUGAAUGAAUUGCAGGAUGCCUGCAACAAAGCCAACUGGGAAGCUCAUCAACUGCAAGCGCAGGCUCGGGUGCAGGGUGGUUGUGGGAUGCCAGGUGCAUUUGAAGACGUCCGUGACAUGACUGAGGAGGAGAAUGAGCGAUUGUGGGCAGAAGUGGAGGACAAGAACAAGAAAUUGGCUCAUGUAACAAAGGAAAGAGAUAAUUUAUCUACUGAGAUGGAGAAACAGGUUCAAGCACUGAUAACAAACCUAAGUCAGAAGGAAAUGCUCCUAGAAGACUAUGAAAAGAAAACUGCAACGUCUGUGAAUGAAUUAGAAGCUCGUGAUAACCGCAUCAAGGAAUUAGAAGAGGAUUUGAAUCGGUUGAUGAAGAGUGAUGGAGAAGAACAAUUAAAAGAAGUUUCUGAUAUAAAGGAAAACCAGAUUAGUUCUGUGUCUGAAGGAUUAGUGAUACAACUGGAAGACAAUAAUCAGGAAGUUGAAAGACGUGAUGAAGAAUUACAGAAACGGGCUAGUAGCCUUCAAGAACUGAUAAACAAGGAACUCUGGGACAAAAACCGUGAGAUUGAAAAGUUGCAGGAUCAGCUUAAUAGUAUAUCUGUGAGGAGGGAAUUAGAAAUAAUGUCCUUGCAGCAGCAGAUAGGUUCUCGUGAUUUCCAACUGAAAAUGUUGCAGGACAAAGUAGCUGAGCUAGGAGUACAAGUAAACCUCCCAACAUCACUUAUGCUGAGGGAACUUAAACAGAUACCAGUCACCUUUAAUCAGCAUGUCCAUUAUCAACAACUUUCUGUGUCAAGUGGGGACACUUUAAGAACUGAUACAGGUGACAUCCCCACAGCAGAACUUGGAACUUCAGCAAUGCCAUCAACAAUUUCUGCUUCUAAAGAUGAAGUUACAUGUCUUCGUGAUCAGCUUCAGGCCAGUGUUGAGGAACGUACGUACCUGUGUCGUAAGGUGGAGGAGUUACGUGAAAGACUGCGUAAUACACCUGAAAGGGAUAAUGAUAGCCGCACACUGAGGUCUGAAUGUGCCAGAUUACGAGAGGAAAUUGACAGAGCAAAUGUUUGGCGAAAGGAAGCUGGAGAGGUCUGUUCAUUAUUAACAAAGAGGUUGGAAGAAGUGGCAGGGUUUCUUAGUUCACUUCUCAGUCAUCCAGAACAGCUAGGUGGUUUAAGAACAAAACAUCGGCAGCUGCUGAAGCAAGUCAUUGAACGUAGCAUGGAGUUAUCUCGAUCUCUUUCUGUGUCACUGUCCAUUAAUGAUCAAGAUCUUACUAAUGGUUCUUUUCCUCCUUUGAUGGAUUCCUUCUCCAGCCUUUUGAUGUCUGCUGGUGAUGUAAAUAUGAGUUUAAUAGAUGUUUUAAAAGAUGAUAUAGAGGAGGGUGAAGUAAGCAGCUAUGAUACUGCACAGCAGGAAGUUAUAAAAUCUUCACGCAUGUCACCAUAUGAGUCAGCCUUGACUACCACUAGCCAAUGUUGCCGAAGCAGUGGCAGUAACAAUGAAAUUGCUCAAAUACACAUGAUGAAGGAUUCAUCUACAUCAGAAGAUAAUAAUGCAUUGAGAGAUAAGAUUGUAGGCGAACAAGCCAAGGUGAUUGCCCAGCUACGAUCACAAGUUGAAACAUUAACACAUGAAAUAAAGCAGAGGGAUAUUGAAUUUUCAAGGUCACAAAAGGAAUUGAAUAUGUAUAAUAAAGCUGAAGCUGCUACAAUGUCUGGACCAAGAAGUGAACAUUGUAGUUCCAGUAAACAUUCCAGUUCAAGCUCAGGAGUUAUGUGGAUGCCUAGGACUGAAACUGAAAGACUUGUGGAUAUUGAAGAAACAAAGGAGUCAUUGUCUUCAAUGACAUUUUACAACAGCCAGCAUCCGAGUAGCAGCAUUGGUAAACAGUGGAGUAAUGAACCUCAAACUUUGUUGUCUAAUGUUGAAAAUUCAGUAUUAGGUGAGGCAAACAUUUUGAUAGAGGCAGUGUCAGGUUCAUGUCAGGAGAGAAAUACAGAAGUUGCUAGAUCUGUGUCAUUACCAAUAGAAAUUACAAAUGCUAUAGAGGAAGUUGGCCAGCAAGAUAUAGCUCUGAAUUUAAGGAAAUCUGUCUUGAAGAAGCAAGAUUCUAAAAAUACUAAUUUGCCAAUUAACAAGAUAUGCCGUAGUUCCAGUGCUAGUGCGGUUGCGUUCAGUCACCUCCAGCAGCCUAUCCAUCAGCAUGAUGUUGCUGGAGGAAACUUGUCUGACUCUGAGGCAUGGUCAGAGCCAGACCGAAAUGUAUCAUUGGCGAGAAUUGGGCUGAAUGAGGAAUCUGCCAAGGCAGUACAGUCCCCUGGAACUAAUGUUGGUGGUUGCACCGUGAUUAGUAGCAUUAGGCCUCGUAAUCCUAGGAUCACUCAAGAGGAUACUGACACAUCCGAAUCAUCUGAGGAGACAGCUCAUGAAAUCAACAGAAUUCAAGGUAAGAGGGGAAGAAGUGACAUGGGGGAAGUGAGAAGACUGCAGAAUCGGUUAAGAGCUCAGGAGCAAGUAAAUGAAGCAUUGAGAGCAGAGCUGACUAUUCUGCACCAACUGGCUCCAUCACCAUCUUUUCCUUCUCUAACAGAGACCAAUGACAAACCGUCUAUUCGUGACAUGAGCAUGAACACUUCCAAGGUCAAUGAAGAGAAAUUGGACAAAUCCACAAGUGUAGAGCAACUUCAAGAAAGAAGUAGUGGAUCUUCAAUUACCAUCCCAAUAUGCCUACUGGACCAAAUUCGUUGCCAACGGGAGAAAUUGGAAUCUUCUCUUUAUCACAAUGACUUUAUUCGAUGCCAGUUAGAAGGCAUCAUAUCAAGCUUAAGCAGUCAGGGUGAUGAUAAUAUGAUGAGCCUGUGGCAGAAGGUGAAAGAGACAGCGGAACAGUUGGAGGAAGCUCGUCGCCUAAAUAAGGAGUUGGAAGCAAAACUGGAGGAAGUGAGAGUGCAGUUGGAGGAGAGCAAACAGAAAGCCAGGCUUGCUAAUGUUGCAAAUGAGCAGCUUCAGGUGACUCGGCAAACUGUGACCAUCCUUCAAGAACAGGUGUCUAAUCUUGAGUCUCGACUCCAAGAAAAAGAUAACGAGAUAUUGGAGAGAAAGUGCCUUAUGCUAGAAGUUGAAAAUCAAACACAGCAGCAGAGCAUAGAAAUAGAAAAAAUGAUGCAAGAAGCUGUCCAGUUGAAAGAAGAGGCUGAGAGAAAGAUUCAGACUGCAGAAAGUAUUAAAUUAGAAGCAGAUAUCAAGCUGUUGGAGGCACAGAAAUUAAUGACAGAGGCUGAGAAAACAAAAUUAGAAGCUGAGGGUCAAAUAGCAGAAAUAGAGAAGCAGUCUGAGGUUGCCAAGCUCCAGAUAAAGGAAGCUGAAAUUCAAACUGGUUUGUUACAAACAGAAAAGGAAUCAAUACUUAGAGAGAGGGGAGUAAUACAAAAGGACAGAGAAAUGGUUCAGAGAGAAAAGGAAGUUACUGAGGAAAAGAAGAAAGCUCUUGAAAGGGAAAAAGAAAUAAUGCAAAAAGAAAUAGAAGAAAGCAUGAAAAAAAUUGAAUCAUUAACCCAUGAUGCAAAGAAACAGAGAGAAAAGAAGAUACUUGAAGCAGAGCGCCGUAGUCAGGAAAUAGAGGCAGGAUUAAGAUCCCAGAUUGAAGGUGCACAGAAACAGGAUAGGGAAAUCAAAGCAGAAGCUGACAUGAGGAUUAAGAAUGUUGAGGAGAGAAGCAAGAAGCGAGAAAUGGAGCUAAUGAAACGACUGCAGGACUUAGAAAGGCGCUUCCGAGAGAAAGAAUUUGAGCUGAUAAAACAGUUGGAUGAAGUCACAUUAUCAACGUCGCAGGCAGAAUUGGAACGAACUCGCCUUGCUAAUGAAAAGUUGCACCUUGAGCAAGAGGUCCGUCGACAUGAGGCACGAGAAGCUGAGUUGAUUCGUGAAAGGAAGGAUGCAGAAAACUGUCUUCUUGUUGCUAAAGAGCAGGUGGAAAAUGAGAUGGUGAUACUGCAGCAACAAAAGGAUGGUCUAGAGAAACAUGUGAAGGAGCUAGAAGCAGCUUAUGUGGAACUUAAGGAAGAUUUGUGUAGACUACGCAUGAAAGAAGAACCAUCAUCACCUUCAGGAGGCCCAUUUUCUUCAUCAUCUAUGCCUCACAUUAAGGUUGGCAGAACUUCUCUUGGCAGUUUCUCUUCUGGCCUUGAUCAGCUGACAGGAGAAGGUUCUCUCCCUAACAGCCCAUGGGGUACAACAGCUACUGUGUCCCUGGAAUACAGUGGAAGUCAGAAUGAUGAUAGGGAUAGAAGCAAAAGAGGAAGUAAUGAUGGUAGCAAUGGAGGACUUGCAGCUCUGUCCAGCGUGGUACUUCAGCAUGGUUUUCACAGACAGCAUAGUGAACUCUCUGACUAUAAGUCUGAGGAUCAAGCUGUUGAAGAAUAUGGAGCUGUAUUAACACAGACUUGUAGUAGCAGUUACUGGUUCACAUCACUGACUGAGCAACAUUCUGCAGCAUCUAACAGUAUCUCUGCUGAUCCCUCUUCAAUGCGCAACAUCAACUCAUCUCCAGACCUCGGUAUUGAGAGUGACCAGGGCCGUUUUUCUAGCCUGGAAGCAGCUUCAAGUGGAGUGCAAAUUGAUACAUCCAAAGUGGUCAGCACUAUGGAAGGAUAUGGCUGUAAUUUGAACCCUAAUCUCACAGCUGUUUCAAUCAAUUCUAGAUGUGAUACAGCUGUCAAGACUUACAAAGAACUGGAGCAAGAGAACAUUGUGUUGAAGCAGCGCUUGACAAAAACACAUCGAGCUCUUGAAGAAACUAUGGCUCAACUUACAACUGCAAACCAAAGAAAGAAGCAGGUGGAACGAGCAAUUUGCAGACAGUUGCAUAAGACGCACCACAUCCUUAAGACAGCUAGGGUCAGCCUUAAAGCAACAGCAGAUUGUGUCACUCCAUCUGCUGAGGAGAUGGAAUAGUUUGUUUUUCUGAAGUGCUUUGGGUUUUAAAACUUGCGACACAGGUAAAGUAUUUCCUUACUGAUCCACUUUUACAGAGCAGUCCUUUUAUAAGUGAAUACCCUCUGUCACCAGUAUCUAGUCCAUCAUGUUCUGUGCACAGAGAAUAUAUGCACAUUUGGUUCUGUUACUGACAGCAGAGGACUGCUUUGUAUUACAUGAUUCCCUCCAACCUUCAGUGUGAAUAACAUCUGAAGAUGAUGUUCUUCAUUCCUUCCUUAAAUUGGGUUUCAAGCAGUGCAGGGUAAACUAAUUUACACUCAUCAUGUGUAAAUAAAAUGUGUC